AUGAGUAUCAUUAAUCCUGGGAUUAAUUAUAAUAAACAAUCUUUUAUAGUUCCUGGAACAGAACGGAGUGGACAGACAGGCCAUUAUAGAAACUCAUUAAAUCCCGGAGGCCAACUUAAAACAUCUCCUGAGCCCGGUAUCAUUACAGUAGGCGAUAUUUGGCGAAGUUCAUUGAAAAAGUUUAAAAAUAGAGAGUGUUUGGGGAUCCGCCAAUUUGAUGAAAAAACAGGAAGUUAUGGGAAUUAUGUGUGGCAAACAUAUGAACAAGUUAAUGAACGAAUUAUAAAUUUUGGAAAUGGGCUUUUACAUCUUCAAAUAAAUAUAAUAAAGA